UAGUUUUCAUAAAGUUAGAGUUGUUUAUAAAUUCAACAAUGUUUCGUCGAAUGAGUUUGUACGCUGUUCGUCGUUCCAGCAUGCCAAGAAUGACUAAUGCCAGUUUUACAGCACUUUCUUCACUUGUAACAGAGGGAAAUGUUGCUGUUUUGCACAGUUUUUUAGAAUCCAAAAGAUGUAAUCCUGAUGAACGGGAUGAAAUAGGCCAGACAUUGCUAAUGCUUGCCUGUCAAACUGGUCAGAUGUGUGUCAUACAAGAACUACUGAGACAAGGAGCUGAUAUUAAUGCAGAAGACUAUGAUAAUUGGACUCCUUUGCUGAAUGCUGCAAAGGAAGGCUAUGUGGAUAUUGUGACUGAACUCGUUGAAUGUGGUGCUGAUAUACAUCAUCGAGAUAUGGGGGGUUGGACAGCUCUGAUGUGGACAUCAUACAAAGGACAUACAGAAAUUGCUCGGUUUCUGCUGGACCAUUGUGCAAUGCCAAACAUAUAUGAUCAGAACCACAUCUCAUGUCUUGUGUGGGCAGCUGGGAGAGGUCACACGCAGAUUGUACGGGAUCUUAUAAAUCAUGGAGCGAAAGUAAACUCUGGAGAUAAGAAUGGUACAACACCUCUGGUUUGGGCUUGUCGGAAAGGUUACUUAGAGAUUGUGGACCAGUUGUUAGAAGCGGGAGCUAACCCAGACACGGCAGGGAUGCAUGCUACCCGAGCUGGUCACUUUCCUGUGGUGGAUGCUUUGUUAAAAAAGUAUGCUGAUACUGAUGUCCAGGGAACAGAUAAAAAGACAGCAUUUUACUGGGCAGUAGAGAAAGGCUAUGUUGAUAUUGUCCGCAUCAUUCUGGCUGCUAAUCCAAACUUAGAAAUCCCUACCAAGGAUGGUGAUACCCCUUUGAUGAAAGCUACUAGAAACAGAAAUAUAGAAAUUGUGCAGAUGUUGGUUGAUAAAAAGGCAAAAGUUUCUACUCAAGAUCGAAAAGGAGAUACAGCCCUUCAUAUUGCAAUGCGAGCUCGCAGCAAAGCCAUUGUGGAGAUUCUUUUACGAAACCCAAAAAACAGUCAACUGCUUUAUCGCCCAAAUCGUAGUGGUGAAACACCCUACAACAUUGAUACUAGUCAUCAGAAAUGCAUACUUUCUCAGAUAUUUGGUGCUCGUCGUCUGAAUACGAACGAAGACAGUGAGAACAUGUUAGGAUAUGAUUUGUACAGUAGUGCCCUUGCUGAUAUUUUGAGCGAGCCAUCACUUUCAAUGCCAAUUUCUGUGGGGCUGUAUGCAAGGUGGGGAAGUGGCAAGUCGUUUCUUCUGGAUAAAUUGGAAGAUGAGAUGCGUAGUUUUUGUGUACAAUGGUUGGAAUCUGUUUAUGAGUUUUCCUGGUUGGUAUUUCUGGUUGUAAUCUUUAUUGCUACCACCAUGGGACUGAUUACCAUGCUGACCACUAGCUUGUGGUCAGUGGGACUGUCUGUGGGAGCUGGUAUAUGUGUUAGCAGCUAUAUAGUGUUAGCUAUGGUGAAGUAUGGAAGUUUACAGUAUGAGUGGAACUGGGCUUGUAAAGCCAGUCUAUAUCUUGGAACCAAGCUGAACUCCCUAAGCACAUUACUCAAAGUCGUCUUUUGCCACCCACCAACAGGAAGGACAGAUAAAAACACAAGCUGUGUAAGGUUUCUUUUCACCGAUCAAACCAAAGUGAGUGCAUCUGCUGGUGAUACAUCUGUUGCCAACAUUGUGUCAUCAUUGUUCUCAGCUAUCGAGGAUGAGUUUGGCUUUCUUACCACUAGACUGUACAGAGUUUUCAGGCCAAAACCAGUAUCUUCUCAGACCUGGAAGUGGAGGCGAUUAUGCUGUAUUCCAUACUUUGUCAUUUUUCUUGCCAUUUUGGGUUGUAUUGUGGCAGCAGUAAUAUUACUCAUAACGACCGAGGUUAAUGGAGAAGUGGAACCUGAAAUGGAUGAGAUGGACGAAAACGUAGAUGAGCUGGAUGAUGACAUUACCAAAACUAGUUAUGUACCUAAACUGUACAUGGGCAGCAAACCGAUAAUAAUUGCUCUUGCUUGCGUGGUGGGAUUAGCAAUCAUAUCUAACCUUCAGAUGCUUGUACGAUUGGUCAUCUCAUUAUUUGUAUCCCACCAGCGGAGAAUUCACCAUAACCUGCACCGUGGGAGUGGUGAUAACAAUGAAGGUCGAUUAAGUAUACUUAAAUCUGAAGUGGAAACAAUGACUACUUUAGUAAAGUGUCUUGAUGGGUUUGUUGAACAACAAACUAGGUUAGUUGUUAUUUUCGAUGGCUUAGAUAGCUGUGAACAAGAGAAGGUUUUACGGGUUUUGGAUGCCGUCCACUUAUUGUUUUCGGAUGUAAAUGCUCCCUUCGUUGUUAUUCUUGCCAUUGACCCUCACAUCAUAGUAAAGGCUAUAGAAUCCAACAUACACCGCAUUUUUCGGAAUUCCAACAUUCGAGGGCCCGAUUAUCUUCGUAACAUAGUACACCUUCCCUUCUACUUACAAAACAGUGGGCUACGAAGAGUGCGUGCAGCACAACAGACAGCUGCCAUCACUGCUAAACGUUCCACCAGCUAUUGGAAUGAAGAGAAAGAAUGCGAUCGAGCAGCAACAACUAUGGUCAGUUGUUUUGAAACAGUUACUGGCUAUAUCAAUGUUAAUACUAUGUGCUGGUAG